UUGGAUGCAAUAGAUGUGAAGGUGGGUGAUGAACUCCUUGUUGAUGGAGGAAUGGUUAGGUUCGUAGUGACCGAGAAGAUUGGUCCAGAUGUCAUCUGCUGCUGUACAGAUCCUGGAUUGUUGCUGCCUCGUGCUAACGUUACUUUCUGGAGGAAUGGGAGUCUUGUACGAGAGCGUAAUGCUAUGCUGCCUACACUUUCUUCUAAGGAUUGGCUGGAUAUUGAUUUUGGAAUUGCAGAAGGCAUUGAUUUCAUUGCAGUAUCAUUUGUCAAGUCAGCUGAAGUGAUUAAGCAUCUAAAGAGUUACAUUGCUACACAAUCUCCAGAAAGCAACAUUGCCGUCAUUGCCAAGAUAGAGAGUAUUGACUCUUUGAAACAUUUGGAAGAGAUCAUUUCAGCAUCAGAUGGAGCUAUGGUUGCCAGAGGUGAUCUGGGUGCUCAGAUACCAUUGGAACAGGUCCCAUCAGUUCAGAAAAGGAUUGUUGAGCUUGGACGGAAGUUUAAUAAACCUGUUAUUGUUGCAUCUCAACUGCUUGAAUCCAUGAUUGAAUAUCCUAUACCAACGAGAGCUGAAGUUGCUGAUGUUUCUGAGGCAGUUGGACAGCAGGCAGAUGCUUUAAUGCUUUCUGGUGAAUCAGCCAUGGGUCAGUACCCUGAGAAGGCAUUAGCUGUCCUUAGAAGUGUUAGUUUGAGAAUUGAGAGGUGGUGGAGGGAGGAGAAGCACCAUGCUGCUUUGGAACCUCUAAUUAUGGCAUCUUCUGUUUGUGGUGGUGUUCCAGAAGAAAUGUGUAAUGCAGCUGUAAAAAUGGCCAAUAAACUGAAAGCAGAUGCACUUUUUGUUUACACAAAAACGGGACACAUGGCAUCUCUACUGUCCCGUAGUCGACCUGAUUGCCCAAUCUUUGCAUUUACUACAAUGCCAUCCGUGCGAAGGCGCUUGAACUUGCAGUGGGGCUUGAUGCCUUUCUCCCUCAGUUUGUCUGAUGACAUGGAGAGCAACCUCAACAGAGCUUUCUCCUUGCUUAAAGCAAGAGGGAUGAUCAAUUCUGGUGGCCUUAUCAUUGUUGUCUCUGAUAAGUUGCGAUCGAUUCAAGUGAUUAAUGUUCCCUGAACCAGAACAUCUCCUGCAUUCUACUUAAACGGUCGUUAUACUCUUCUUUGUCAGUUUACAUUUAAAGUUGGCACAUGUCGUAUGUUCAUUCAUUUAGGUUAGCAAGUCAUUCAUAUUUUGGCAGGGUAAAAGGAAUCACCCCUGUCAGGAGUUAAUUCUUUCUCAGCCUCAACAUGGCGUGUACCAUGAGAGUGAUGAGCAGGAGCAAUAAUUCUCUCUGUGUUCCUUUGCUGUAACACUAUUUGCUUAGAAGUUCAUAUUAGUGGGAGAUAUAUUAGAAGCUCAUAUCUAUUAUUUUAGAAAGGGGAAGUGAAUAUUUAGAAUCAAUGACAAUAGGGUUUUCAAGUAUAGUACAUUUUGCUGUAACAACAACUUGAACUUUGCGGGUACCGGUGUUGAUACCGGUAUCUUUUGAUUUUCUUAAU